AUGGAGGUCUGUUACAGCUGUGAGGAGAUUGUCAAGAACAGCUCUGUCUUGGCUGUCAACAGCCGGACAGCUGACCAACAGCUAAUCAGCGAUGACGUCAGAAGGACUGUCGAGAUGGUUUUAUACGUUGUGGUCAAUUUUAUUGUGGGCGUGAGCCUGUCCACGUCUGUGAACGUGAGUCUCCUGAGUUUGUCCGUGGCUGACCUGGUCAGUUUGGUCUUCCUGACGUGGGAGAGCGUCUGCUACAACCCCAGCCUGGCCAGUCCUGAGAUCCCGCUGGUGGCCAUACAUUACUACACAGCCACCAUACCUCGCUCUAUCUGUGUGCGGAUAGCGUGGUGGAUCACGACCUUCAUAACCUUUGAACGGUGUCUCUGCAUCUCCCUGCCCCUGCACGUGCGAGACGUACUCACACCCCGGAGAACUCUGCUCAUCCUGACCCUCAUCGCCCUCGUCCACAUUGCCGGCAUGUCCCCAUUUUGGUUCAGCCGGCAGGUCUUCACGGUCUUUAUAGCCGGCAAAAACUCCAGCCAGUACAGAGCGAGGUACUCCCCCAAUGGUGCGUACAUCGAGAACAUCGGCUACAACUUCAGCGUCGUCUCGCAGUUCGUCACCUACAUCCUGGACCUUGGCUGCGCCUGUUUCACCAUCCAGCAGCUUCACGUCAAGUCAAGAUGGCGGAAGCGCAACUCGACGACUUCUGCUUUAACGCCAGCGAAUCGUGAUGUCAAGGUCACUCGCAUGGUGGCGCUGCUGUCCAGUCUAUUUUUAGCCUUCACGCUGCCCAACUGCGUGAGUUUUGUCCUGGUCAUCUCCAAGACCCCAGGCUACGUGGUGGAACAGAACACCUUCCUGAUGGUCAGAGCCUGCAUCUUGACCAUCGAGUCCAUCGGUAGCUCGGUCAACAUCCUGGUCUACUACAGCAUGAGUUCACGCUACAGGAAGAUCUUCAACAGCUUCAUGUCUAGACCAGACUAG